AUGCAACGAAUCAACGAACAUCGCCGACACUACGGAGCACUGGCCGCGACCUGGCCAAGAAAUGAGCAAUUCACUUUCGGCCUUCCCGGCCAAUGGAAGCCAGCAGUGGCAGAUCCAACCCCGGCAAUCCUUCCUUGGAUCGCUCAUAUGGAAAUAAUGCACAAGCUUGACAGCCCAUUUUUGACUCGUCGGCUGCUGGCUUGGCAGUUUCCCCCGGCGUAUCCUGAAACCCAACGGCAUCGUCAUUCGUUAGGCCGAGAGGACGCGGGAUGGAAAACCCAAAGUGGUGAGCCUACCUCACCAGGAGUCACACUUCGUGGCGCCCAGCAACUUGGCAGCAGUUCAAAUCUGCAGGACGCAAUGCACCAGAGCUCGCGCCAAUCCACGUUCAACCGUCCCAGCGCCCAAAAGCUGUUUGCAGCAUCGAACGGCCCACGAACUACGGAUCCCCUACCACUGCCUUGGGUGUCAGAGGACGAUUCGUCAGCUCUCAACACAUAA